UCCUCUCUUUUGGAUCUUUCUACUACAAAAGAAGUCGUCAAUCGUCACUGCCUAUUGUAUUCCACUUCCAGCCGAUGCCCGCCAUCUCUGCUCACUUCUCUUUCACCCCAACCAUCAUCGCCCAUGGCUGCUACUCUCCGGUGGCGCUGCUUCCUCCUCCUAACACUCUUCAUCUCCAUUUCAUCAACACCAACCGAACAACAAACCCUUGCUCAAAUCCCAAUCAAUUUCCUCAGCUCCGCCAAAACCCCAGAGCUCGUCGAUUACAUGGUAAGCAUCAGGAGGCGAAUCCACGAGAACCCAGAACUCGGUUAUGAAGAAUUCGAAACCAGUAGGCUGGUCCGUGAAGAGCUUGAUCGGCUGGGGAUUCGUUACGAACACCCUUUCGCCGUUACAGGGAUUGUUGCCUCUAUUGGCACCGGCGGACCUCCUUUCGUCGCUCUUAGAGCUGAUAUGGAUGCUUUAGCUCUUCAGGAAGCUGUGGAAUGGGAGCACAAGAGCAAAGUUGCAGGCAAAAUGCACGCUUGUGGCCACGAUGCUCAUGUUGCCAUGCUUCUUGGGGCUGCCAAGUUGCUCCAGGAACACCACAGUCAUGAUUUGCAGGGGACAGUUCUGUUUGUUUUCCAACCAGCUGAGGAAGGAGGCGGAGGAGCAAAGCAAAUGGUGGAAGCUGGAGUGGUUGACAGUGUGGACGCCAUCUUUGGGAUUCAUGUGAGUACCAGCUUCCCAAUUGGCACAGUGGCCUCAAGAGCUGGCCCUCUUCUUGCUGGGAGUGGGUUCUUCGAAGCUGUGAUAACUGGGAAAGGAGGCCAUGCUGCCAUUCCCCACCACACCAUUGACCCCAUUCUUGCAGCCUCCAGUAUAGUCGUCAGCUUGCAGCACCUUGUUUCCCGUGAAGCUGAUCCCUUAGACUCACAGGUUUAUACAAUUAUGCUUCAGGUGGUGACCGUUGGUAAAUUUGAAGGAGGUGGUGCGUUCAAUGUCAUUCCAGAUUCUGCCACCAUUGGAGGAACAUUUAGGGCCUUCUCCAAAGAUAGCUUUGCCCAGAUCAAGCAACGCAUAGAACAGGUUGUGACGGGGCAGGCUAAGGUCCAGAGGUGCAAUGCAACCAUUAACUUCAAUCCGAACAACAAGCAGACAUAUCCUGCUACGGUGAACGAUGCAAGUCUACACGAGUAUUUCCUUGGUAUUGCGGGAGACAUGUUGGGGACCCAGAACCUGAAAGUUAUGGAACCAUUGAUGGGUGCGGAGGACUUCUCUUUCUAUGCAGAGAAAGUUCCUGGCUGCUUUUUCUUCGUGGGAAUGCAGAACGAAACUCGAGAACCACUUGUGGCGAGUCAUUCACCACAAUACCAAGUCAACGAAGAUGUGCUUCCAUAUGGAGCAGCUCUGCACGCCUCGCUGGCCGUCAGGUACUUGCUGGAGCAUCAGCCGGGAUCUGCAACGCCUCCUGAAGAAGUAAUAAGGCCUCACGAUGAGCUGUGAAGAGCCACAUGAAUGUUGGAUUGCUUUCUUGUUUCUUGGAGCAACGCCAUAUUUGUGCACUUCUUAGUAGAUUCACUUAACAUUUAAGUUGGAUUUUCCCUUCUCCCAUCGUGUAAUCCUAUUAUCAUGGUGAAACCAAAAGUUUCAUUUUAGGAAAUGUAUUGAACGCAAGAUUUGGGAAGUUGCAUUGUGGACUUGCAAUGGAAUUCCUCACAGAAUUGCUUCCAAAUGAGCAGAUCAGGAAGUUGUAUUGUAUAUGAAUGAUUCCACUGCUGGAUGAGAAACAAAC